UUUUAUCGAGAACAAAAUCAUUUCCUGCAUGUAAAUAUUGGCGGCAAGUGUGAAGAGAUCUAACGUUAGGAGUUUAUGCUAAAUAGUAAAUAUGCAAUAAAACCAUAUCCAUAGAAAGAAGACAGUCAACCAGUACGCACUUUAUAGAUUAUGGGAGAAGAAAUUUCCUUAACAGCCUCUAGUCUACCCACCAAACUGACUGAUAGCCUUUAUUUGUACCAGAAGAACAGAAUCCUGUGUGACUGUUGUAUACAGUGCAGCGAUGGAGAAGUUUACGCCCAUAAAAUCAUCCUGGCCAUGUGGGGAAUGUAUGGAUUCUACAUUGACACCAUCGACACAAUUAAGGCUGUAAAAUUCUCAAUUGCAGAUGUUAAUAAAUUUAUGAAGUUCAUUUAUUCAGGGAAUAUUUCACUGACUUCAAGUGCAGCCUCAAGAAUUGUUCAGUUUGGAAAACACAUAGGUAUAAAUUUGCGUUGUAUCACAAACUGUCAUACUCCAGAUUCUAUAGAAUCAGCUUUCUCAACCCUAAAAUCAUUUUCUCGUGUUGGAUUUCAAUAUGAUAGAGAGAAAAAGACCAUUUACAUGAAAUCCUUGCCUGAUUUUCAAAGCAUUUUUACUAGCACAACAAAUGUUAGAUGUAGAGAGCCGAUCAAAAAGACAAAUCCAAUAUCUGGUAAAAGUAGAGAACCAAAAAAGAGGGCAAAGUCGAUGUCUGACAGCAGUGAGGAGCCAAGUAAGAAGGCAAAGUCAGUGUCUAAUAACAGUAAAGAACCUGUCAAGAGGGCAAAGCCAAUAUCUGGUAAAAGUAGGAAACCAGCUAAGAGAGCAAAAACAAAACAUGGUAAAAGGAGGAAACCAGCCCAGGGGUCAAAGUCAGUGUCUGGUGACGGAAAGGAGCCUAUCAAUAGGGCAAAAUCAAUAUCUGAAAACAGUGGUGAAACAACGAAGAGGGCAAAGUCGGUAUCCGGUAACAAUGAGGAACCUAUAAAGAGGGCAAACUCAGUAUCCAGUAACAGUGAGGAGUUGACUAAGAGGGCAAAGUCAGUAUCCAGUAACAGUGAGGAGUUGACUAAGAGGGCAAACUCAGUAUCCAGUAACAAUGAGGAACUGACCAAGAGGGCAAACUCAGUAUCCAGUAACAAUGAGGAGUUGACUAAGAGGGCAAAGUCAGUAUCCAGCAACAAUGAGGAGUUGACCAAGAGGGCAAAGUCAGUAUCCAGUAACAAUGAGGAGUUGACCAAGAGGGCAAAGUCAGUAUCCAGUAACAAUGAGGAGUUGACUAAGAGGGCAAAGUCAGUAUCCAGUAACAAUGAGGAGCUAACUAAGAGGGCAAAGUCAGUAUCCAGUAACAGUGAGGAACCUACAAAGAGGGCAAACUCCGUAUCCAGUAACAGUGAGGAACCUACAAAGAGGGCAAAGUCAAAGCCAAUCAAGAGGACAAAGUCAAUGAUUACAGAAAAAAGGGUUGAAAACUUGAAAGAGAGUUCACUUUGUCAGUCAUCAGAUGUCAGUUCUACAGUGCUCUUUGAUGAAAACAAAUCAGCUGUAUUUCCAGUUUAUACCACCGGUUACAGUGAUGAACUUGGAAAGACAAAUACCAGUAUGUCUUAUGCUGAAACAAAACCAGAGAUUGUGAUAGAAGUCAAAACUGAAAACUGUAUAAACUUUGUCCUGAAGAUGGAGGAACGGGAAAAUGAGGACUAAGAUUCGGAACCUUGUCUGGAAGUGUAGUGGGAAACUGCUAAAAAUAGCUCAGUGAGGGGACAGGAUUUAUCCCAUAUGGAGAGAGCUGCAGCCAAUUAUUAAUGCACAAUUGUACCAUAUCUG